AUGCGCUCAUCUGUCCUGUCUUUUACCUUGAUGGCUGGUUCUUGUCUGGCGCAGGGCGACCUUGUCGGCCUUCUCUCUUCCCAGUCGGACCUCAGUACUCUUGUUGAACUCGUCGCUCUUGUCCCCGGCCUCGCUGAGACUCUUUCGGCGGCCUCGAACAUUACCAUCUUCGCUCCAACCAACGAGGCUUUCGCAAAGGUCCCUCGCAACGAACCGGAAGGGGCCGCCAUCGAGCAUCGCAACGAGACCAUCGCAGUGGCUGCUCUUCUUGCGAAUCACGUCUUCAAAGGGGUCUAUCCAUCCGAUGUCAUUACCAAUGUCCCGACCUUUGCUCAGACUUUGCUCAACAGCUCUUACAUUACCCCCACGCAGCCGUUCUCAAACAUUACUGGUGGCGCCUACAACGGACUGGUCAAGAACGGAAACGAUGUCUGUAUUCUAUCUGGCGAAGAGACCAUUUCAACCGUGACUCAAGCCGACAUUAAGCUCGGUGAAGGUAUCACGAUUCAUACAGUCGAUACUGUGUUUUCAUUUGGGCCUCCUCUCCAGCUUUGGACCUACCGUGCUGCAUAUCGUGCCAUGAACGCUGCCCUUGAGGCUGCCAACCUCGGCUUCGAUGUUGGUCUUAGCGGCCCAGACCAGAAGGGCCUCAAUAUCUCUGAUUUUACCAUCUUCAUUCCUACUGACGCAGCUUUUGAAUCUAUCGGCUCUGUACUUGAGACUGCGGACCUUGAAACACUUCAGCAAGUUCUCAAGUUUCACAUCAUCCCCAAUAGCGUCAUCUUCUCGCCGUCGCUUGGUAAUGUCAGCGUCCCUUCACUCCAAGGUACUAACCUGACCUUCACUGUCUUGCCUGACGGUUCUGCCUGGUUCGACCGCUCGUCGCUCAAACCAUCUGCUGCUGUAGCCGAAAGACUUUCCUUUCCCAGCGCAUCUUCUGUCGCUGUCUUGCCGUUCACCAGCGUCGCAUUCGAAGGCGACACCAUGACUUACACAUCAACUCCUCGUCUUCUUCAGACUGUCGCUGCUGUCGCGACUUCUCGCCUCGAUGCUACCGCUACUGAUUCGAGCCCGCCACUCGCUACCUACACUGGAUCUGCUUUCAGUCUUGGUGGCAGUACCGCCAUGGUCAUGGCUCUCGCUGUCGGUGUUGCUAUGUUGUUGGUCUAG